ACAAGUGGAUGUACUCUGUGCCUAUCAAAACAAGUAAUUCGAUCAACAUUAUCCAUUUUAACGAGUGCAAGCGGCGCUACCCGGAAUCCGGAUGCGCGCAGGUAGCUUGCAACACCGAAAAGGCCACGUACAUGCACGUGAUGAGCUCCGUUUCCCCCAUAUAAGCGAUACACGCAUCAUCAUCAUCAUCAUCAUCAUCCGUACAAAACGGUAUCUAGCCUAGCUAGCUGAUCGGCCCACCUACAAAGCCUAUAAAUUGCGCCAUCUUUGCUCAUCCUUUCCAUUAUCAUUGCGACGUACUAAUUUAAUAUAAGUAUAGAGCUUCAUCAUUUGACAAACAACAAUGGCUAGGUUCGCGGGAUCCCUUCAGCUGUACUGCCUCUCCGUCCUGCUCGUGAUCCUCACCCAGCUUGGAGGAGGCUCUGCCAUGGGGCUCCCCCGGCCGCCACCCAACGUGAACUUCACCAUCGGCGUCGAGGGCGCUGUCUGGUGCAAGACCUGCCGCUACGCCGGCUACGUCAAGUCCAAGGACGCCUCGCCCCUCCCAAAUGCGGCGGCGCUGCUGCGGUGCAGGCGGGGGAAGUGGGCGCUGUCGGUGUGGGGCGCGACGGACGCGCGCGGCUACUUCCUGAUCCAGACGGGGACGCAGGUGGCGGCGUUCACGAGCAAGGACUGCAGGGUGUACGUGCCGCGGUCGCCGUCGCGUGCGGCGUGCGGCGUGGCGCUCCAGCCUGGGCGGAAGACGGGUUCGCCGCUCAAGUUCCGCAGGUUCGUGGCGCUCCCCGACGGGCUGCAAGGGCGCUACUCCGCCGGCAACUUCGUCUUCGGCCCGCGAGACCCCAAGAAAUGCUGACUUUCUGAUUAGCGGUAACGUGUUUGGGACUUUGGGGCUGGGGGUGGUGUGGCUGUGCACUUCGAAUUCUACAACUUGGUCACAGUUUGUGUGUGGCGUGUGCCCGGUGGAUCGACGUGGACGUGCAUUUCCGCAUCCAGCAAAUAAUGAUGAUAAAAAAGUGUUGGACGUAGCCCCAGACCUAGUGUGUUGUGUUUAGUUCCUUUCAAACUUUCAAAAAUUUCAUCGUAUCAAAUGUUUCAAUAUAUGCAGGGAACAUUAAAUGUGUACGAAAAUAACCAAUGUGGUUCUUAAAAAGAAAUAAGGGAAACGAUCAAUUGAAAGGGCACUAAAAGUUCAUAUUUCAAAACAAGAAUAGCAAUGACUGAAGCUUGGAUUGAUUGCCUAUAUAAGUAUACCUCAAACCAAUGAUGUACAAAACCCCUCUUGGAUCCCCUGCGUCACAAAUACUUUCCCUAUUUAUGCUACGUUUUCUAUCUAAUCCUAUGCUAACUCUGGUACAGCUACCACUCUGUCCUAUCAACCUCCUAACUCCAACUCUAAUAAAGUUACAUCGCGCCCUAUAGACCUCUCUGCAUUUGAAGGCAAACUUCCAAUGCACUAUGCUAGCCCCGGGCACGCGCAUUCCCUUGGGUGUCAAGUCAGUUCAUUUCUAUUGGAAACUGGACGCGCACAAGCUGCCCAUUUGUGCACGGUCAGUCCAUUUCUAAGAUUUUAAUGUUCCCGCUGGAAUUAGCAGAAAGAAGCGUUGAGGACUGCCCUCUCCAACACACGCAUGAAAUGAACUGUGAUGGAUCGUCAAUCUCCUGGCCUGAUAUUGGGUCUGUGACACUGAAUUUAUAUGCCAAGACUGGCAUUGGAAAUGCUUUGUGGUAGACAAAAACCUGAAGUAAAACGAGAUGGAAAGGAAAGUUAGAUAUUUGAAUUAAUAUUAAACCCCAAGCAAGAAUAUACAGGCACGUAUGGUAUAAAAAAUAAUUUCUAUGCCUAUGUUUUCAAUACCAAAUUUCAUCUUACGGCACAAAAUACCUUGCGCACUAAGGUAAGUGAGCCAAAAUAUUCCUUCACAUGAAUUCGGCAAACAUUAAUUCAACUGUUACAUAGAAAAUGCAGGUUACAAAA